CCCAUGUCAGUAGAACAAUUCGAAACUUAACUAAUUCUCUCUUGAUUCCGGGUUGGUAGUUAACUUACAAUAAACUAAAGAAUGGUUUCCGUUCUGGCCAGGGCUGCCGCCAAAAAUCCAGGUUUCUAGAAAACUCGCCGGUGCUGCUCAGCCGUCAUCCUAAUCACCGCCGCCUUCACUCAGCCCCAUUAACACAAACGCAUCUCCAUUCAAAAAACACCGGCACCACUCACCGUUUCAGCCAUACUGCCGCCGCCAUUCCUGAUCUCUAUUUGGGUGUUAUUCCUAGAAAUGGCUACUGAUGGUUUCAAACGAUCAUCGAUAGCCCCACCUCCAGGAAGUCUCAAUGUUGAGAAAUUUGCAGAAUCCCGAGCUGCUGAACUUGAGGCUCUUCACUCAAUUGUGGCAAAUCGGCUGAACAACAAUUUCCGAUCUCAAAGAAACAAGAGAAGAAGGACCACUGGGCAUGAUAACAGAGAUGCAAACAAGAGAUUCAGAAAUAGGGAGAAAAUAGGGGUGGUUGAUAAAGGCAAAGUUGCGACUUCGGAGAAAGAUGACAAGAAAGUUCCUCGUCGUAUUCGUCGGCGAGUUGAAUUGAGAAGAAACACCGAACAUGGUUACUCCACUUCCGGGGAUGGUACCAAGAGGCUGAGAACCCAUGUUUGGCAUGCAAAGCGCUUUACAAUGACAAAGUUUUGGGGUUUCUACCUACCUGUGGGUUUGCAAGGCAGAGGAAGGGGUUCAAGGGCUCUCUUAAAGUGGUUCAGACAUGGAACUCUUGUACAUGAAGCUUGCUACCACAUUGCCCUACAAUUGGAGGGUCCAGAGGAUUCAUUUCUUUCAAUUCUAGGCAUGGUAUUAAGGCCUUCUCCAUCAGCUCACUCUAAGGAUAUUUUAUGUUCUGGGCUUUCUGGAGCUGCCCAUGGAAGGGCUAUGCUUCAUCAUGUUGGAGCAUCAGGUUCUAAAUCAAUCGCCCCUGUAACCUAUAUGUGGAGACCCAUACAGAAAAAUGAUAUAGGUAUUGGAGCAGAACAUGAUGUUGAUUCUGUUAACAACACACAGACAAAUGAGUGUUUUUCUUCCUUCCGCCAACUAUGGGUGUGGAUGCAUGCCUCAGCUUUCAAUGAAGGAUGUGAUGCUUUGAAAUUUGCUUGUCAAAAACUGGUAAACUAUAGAGAUUAUUUAUCUUUGAUUUUUUUUCCCCCUUUUGAAGACUCUAUGUGCUUACUUGUUAUGAAGAGUAGCUUGUGAAUAAACUCUUCCUAUAUGAUAGCUUAAAAAAGUGAAUACUUAUCAAUAUUAUCCCUCUGUACUGUUAGUGUGCAUGUAUGAUGCUCAACUCUUAAAUAUAUAUAUAUCCUUGUCUUAUA